UCGGAGGCAAUCGGUUCGGAAUGAGCAAAUCUCCGUCGUCGGAAACGACCAGCGAGACGCUGAGUGUCAGCGACGAAUCCAUCGCUGCUUCCGUGGCCAAUUCGAGUGCUCCGUUCAGACCGAAUGUCGCCAAACCGGUGAAGAAACCGUUGAAGGAGGAACCCAGAGAACGUCCACCAUGGCGUCCGGCCAGCGUGGCGCAAGGAUUGGUUCCGGCUGUUCCAAAGCCCGAUCUGCGAGCGAGAAUUUUGGAUGUGUCCAAACGGCUGCGCCGGGUAAACGCAUCCGUUCAAACCGAUCCGGUGCAUACAAAACUCAUGAAGGAAGCCUCAACGGAUGAGCAGAAAGAUCUCAUUGCAAUGGUGGAUGAGGAAAUACUUACCGAUGGAAAUCUGGUGAUUAGAGAGAUUGGAAAUUUUAUUCUGACGCAUUCCGUCGCACAGAUGACGGAGUCCGUGCCAACGCUAGAUGUGGCAACACAAACGGCUUUGCCACGUAGCGGAAUUUCGUUCCGAAAGUUUCUGGAUUCUGGAGCAGGUGAUGGUCCGGCUCCGAAGGUGGUAAUUGAUGAAGCACCCAGCGAAAAAGACGUUAAGCAAUCUUCCAGUUUGGCGGAGUUGAUGAAAAUAGACGAGAAAAUCAAGCAGUUCUUCAGGACUUCGGACAUGGAUGUUCUGGACCAUCUGGAGGACAAUGGAUCUACCCAUAGCGGCGACAGUAUCAAAGAACAGCCCACCCCAGAUCUGCUAGCCGGAUCGUCACAGGACGCAGAUCAGCACAAAUCAAGAUUCCUGGAACCUCCCACUUUCAGUUCCUGGCAAAAUCUGGACUUCUCGGAUGAAGAAUGUGAACAAUACGUUCCGCGCGAACUACCCCGACGCACAGUUGGGGAAGGUAACCGACCUUGGGCCGAGUUCAAAGAUAUGGUUAUAGGUUCUCGGCUAGCCAACAUGCGUCUCUCGCCCAUUCCGCCUCGAAGACCACGCCCAAAUAAGAAAACCGUUACCUGGAGCGAUACGCAACACCGUGCCGUGUCUGACCUUCUGCAUGAGGCAACCGCUCUGGUGGAUAUGUUUGACCACGUUUCGAUGCUCCUCGGACCAGACAUCAAGCUCCAUCCGAUCCCACCGCAGGAGGAAUUCAAACUACCACCACCCAAAUGGGAACCCCUAUUGACUAAGUCCUGCGACCUGCUUGAGGAAAAGUUGGCCCAGGUUCGGCACCUGACCUUCGAAGACCUGGACAACGAUCUUCUGUUGCAUCCGGCUAAGAUGCAGCCAACCAUCGAUCUCGAGGUGACUUUGUGAAGAAAUCAGAAAAACAGACGGUCUCGAACAUAAAAUUUAUUUAUUCAGUUUGCAAACUUAACAGAUCUGUAAUGCUUCUUGAUAGUAUGUAUGUGUGUCCAUGUUUGUGAUUAAAACACUUGACAGGAAGUGA